AUGAGGCCCAUGAAAAUAACACUUGGGGAUGAAGAUGAUGUUCGUGCUUGUAUUAAGUCAGCCAGCAACUUAAAGAGGAGCAAUGUUUUCUCCAGGACUAGUAUCUCAUUUGAUCGUACACCUCGACAGAUCUUGCAUUAUAAAAAACUGAAACAGGAGAUGGAAGAACGCUCUGCAAGAGGCGAAGACGGCUUAAAGAUCAAGUACGUUCGUGGUGUCCCUAGAAUCGUUUCGGAAAACUAG